CCAAAACCCUAAAAGACCACGAGAAACGAGCCAAUUUGAAGCAAAGAACAAGUAGAGAAACCACAGUGGCAGUUAAGCAAAAAGUAAAGAAGUAUAAAAAGAAGGCAUGAUAAAUUCCUCAUUAACCCUUCUAUUAGCGCCGGUUUCCCUUUCUCAUUCUCCAUUUCUCUCUUUCAAUAACCUCUCUCAUCUCCGCCACCACUCCGCCGCCGCGCUGCCUCGACUAGCAACGCUUUCGCUUUUUCAUUCUCCAUCACUCUCUCAUCUCCGCCAUCACUCCGCCGCCGCUCUGCCUCAUCCGACAGGCUUGUCGAGAGUAAAUUCAAGACGAAUUGUAGUCUCAGCUACUAAGACCUCGCAAUCAGUAUCCACAAUGGCAAAUAAUGAGGAGAAUGAAAAUAUAGGAAAUUUGAAAGAACUGUUAGCUAAGCUUUUUGAGUCGGCUCUUCGAGUGACUGUACCUACCGAACCGGAUAUCGAACCUCUCCUUGCCGCUUCCACUGCUAAAUUCGGCGACUAUCAAUGUAAUAAUGCUAUGAGCCUUUGGGCAAAAAUCAAAGGGAAAAAAACCGAUUUCAAGGGGCCUCCAGCAGUUGGACAGGCUAUCAUGAAAAAUCUGCCCCAGUCCGAAGUAAUAGAAUCUUGCUCUGUGGCAGGACCGGGAUUUGUCAAUGUGGUUUUAUCUAAGAAUUGGAUGUCUAAGAAAAUUCAGAAGAUGUUGAUAGAUGGAAUUGACUCAUGGGCGCCUAAGCUUUCAGUUAAAAGGGCCAUAGUUGAUUUUUCAUCUCCAAAUAUAGCUAAAGAAAUGCAUGUUGGGCAUUUGAGGUCAACAAUUAUUGGUGACACCCUAGCUCGUAUGCUUGAAUUUUCAAAAGUUGAUGUUCUCCGAAGAAAUCACGUUGGUGACUGGGGGACACAGUUUGGUAUGUUGAUUGAAUUUCUCUUUGAGAAGUUUCCAAACUUUGAAGACAUCAAUGAAAGAGCUAUUGGAGACCUACAGGAAUUUUAUAAGGCAUCAAAGCAGAGGUUUGAUUCUGAUUCUGAAUUCAAGGAAAGGGCACAAAGAGCAGUAGUUCGUCUUCAGGGCGGAGAAGCCAGGUACCGCCAAGCAUGGACACAAAUUUGUGACAUUAGUAGGAAGGAAUUCGACAAGGUAUAUCAAAGACUGGGGGUACAACUUGAAGAAAGGGGAGAAAGCUUUUAUAAUCCACACAUUCCUGGGGUUAUAGAUGCAUUAAGCAAUCAAGGAUUAGUCGAAGAAAGCGAAGGUGCUCGUGUGAUCUUUAUUGACGGAGUUAAUAUUCCUCUUAUUGUUGUGAAGAGCGAUGGUGGUUUUAACUAUGCUUCAACUGAUCUAACUGCUCUUUGGUAUCGCCUUAAUGAGGAGAAAGCAGAGUGGAUUAUAUAUGUUACUGAUAGUGGUCAACAACUGCAUUUUGAUAUGGUAUUCAAAGCCGCCAAGCGUGCAGGUUGGCUCCCCGGUGACGAUAGCAUGUUACCUAAAGUUAACCAUGUUGGAUUUGGCCUUGUUCUCGGUGAUGAUGGCAAGCGCUUUAGAACCCGGUCCACUGAAGUGGUUAAAUUAGUUGAUUUACUAGAUGAAGCCAAGACUCGUAGCAAAGCAGCACUUAUUGAGCGGGGUAAGGGUGAAGAAUGGACCGGAGAGGAGCUUGAACAGACUGCUGAGGCAAUUGGUUAUGGUGCUAUUAAGUACGCUGAUCUAAAGAACAACAGAUCGACCAAUUAUACAUUCAAUUAUGACCAGAUGCUAAAUGACAGGGGCAACACUGCUGUUUAUUUGCUAUAUGCACAUGCCCGUAUCUGUUCGAUCAUCAGGAAGUCUGAAAGAGACAUUGACGAGUUGAAGAAUACGGGCUCGUUGGUACUUGAACAUGCUGAUGAGCGUGCACUUGGGCUUCAUUUACUACAGUUUGCGGAGACGGUCGAGGAGGCCUGCAUCAAUCUGCUGCCAAAUGUGUUGUGUGAAUAUCUCUAUAACUUAUCUGAACACUUCACCAGAUUUUAUUCCAAUUGCAAGGUUUUAGAAUCACCGGAGGAGACGAGUAGACUCUUGCUAUGCGAAGCAACAGCCGUGGUGAUGCGGAAAUGCUUUUCCCUCCUUGGAAUUGUUCCCGUCUACAAGAUAUAAUUUUACGAACUGAAAAUGUCAAGGAAUUUCUUUGUAGUCUGUUGCCCAGGCACCAUAACGAUAAUAUACUACUCACCAUAAAUACGAGAAGUUUUUGUUUCUUUGGGUU